GUGCAUCCGGCGUCGGAUGAAUGAACUAAUCUUUUCGUGCGCGACGCCAAGCCAAACUAGCCGGUCCGUAUAUAAAGUCCAAGCGCGUCGGCCUGAUCGUUUUAGUCUAACCCAAAACCUCUAGUUAGCUGUCCGAUUCCUGUUUUCUACAGCCCUCCUUGCCACCGACCAUGCCGGAAUACAAAGUUUACUACUUCAACGUGAAGGCCCUCGGCGAGCCACUGCGCUUCCUGCUGUCCUAUGGCAAUCUGCCCUUCGACGAUAUCAGGAUUAGCCGCGAAGAAUGGCCGGCCCUGAAGCCAACAAUGCCCAUGGGACAGAUGCCGGUCCUGUCGGUCGAUGGCAAGAAGGUGCACCAAUCGGCGGCCAUGUCCCGCUAUCUGGCCAAACAGGUCGGCCUGGCCGGUGCCGAUGAUUGGGAGAAUCUCAUGAUCGACACCGUCGUCGAUACCGUGAACGAUUUCCGACUGAAAAUCGCCGUCGUUUCCUACGAGCCAGACGAUGAAGUCAAGGAGAAGAAGCUGGUCACCCUGAACAGUGAAGUUAUUCCAUUCUAUUUGGAAAAGCUGGACGAUAUUGCUCGCGAAAAUGACGGUCACUUGGCAAACAAUAAACUAACCUGGGCCGAUCUGUACUUCGUGGCCAUUCUGGACUACUUGAACUACAUGACCAAGUCCGACCUGACUGCCAACCAUCCGAAUCUGCAGCGAGUUGUGGACAAUGUUACGAGCAUCGACUCGAUUCGUCAAUGGAUCGACAAACGACCCCAAACCGAUAUCUCAAUGCCCAUGGGCCAGAUGCCGGUCUUGGAGGUCGAUGGCAAACGGGUGCACCAGUCGCUGGCCAUGUGCCGGUACGUGGCCAAGCAGAUCGGGCUGGCUGGUGACAAUCCGGUCGAGGAGCUGCAGAUCGAUGCCAUUGUCGAUACGAUCAACGAUUUCCGUCUGAAAAUCGCCAUCGUCGCCUACGAGCCGGACGACACGGUCAAGGAGAAGAAAAUGAUAACCCUGAACAGUGAGGUCAUCCCCUUCUACCUGACCAAGUUGAAUGUGAUCGCGAAGGAGAACAAUGGUCACCUGGUGCUGGGCAAGCAAACCUGGGCCGACGUUUAUUUCGCCGGCAUUCUAGACUACCUAAACUAUCUGACCAAGACCGAUCUGCUGCAAAAUUUCUCCAGCCUGCAGGAAGUUGUCAACAAGGUGUUGGAGCACGAGAACGUCAAGGCGUACAUUGCCAAGAGACCCGUUACAGAGGUCUAGAACUCGCAACGUUGACUCAGCGCACCUGAAUGACGAUGCUCAUUAAACAAACCUUUCCUCAAAAACGAAAACCAAAACCCUUUCAUCACCAAUCACCAUCUUUUUUUUCGCUACUGCACCCUAGGAUAAUAACAUUGAAGAAUGAAUUUGCGCGAGGAAUACUAACCGAUCGAUGGAAGGAAUCGAAACCGAACAUUCUAUUCCUGCUCACUCAUGGUGGCAUCUUUAAACUCAGAACCGUAUUUUCACUCGUUGAUUAGUAUGUUGUACAUCUCCACUUCGCACCGAGAGAAGAAAGACAUUAUAGUGUAGUUUUAAACGGUAAGCAACCAGCCGGUCGUCUAGUCGUAGUUAUGUAAGGUUUAAUGCAAUAGUUUAAGAUAUUAGCCAAGGGUCCCACACGUACGAAUGUGAACUGUGUUUACAAGUCCAAAUAAAAUAAUAUUGC